CCCCGAUUCCUCAUUACGUGGAUAUGUCAAACAACUAAGGAAAACAGCAUUAUUCAAUAAGCUAUGGUUAGGAGUGACAUGUCUCGAAGAAUAAGUGGUGAAACUAUAAUUCUUGAAGCUGCUGCUAAAACAGCUGCUAUCCGGAAGUUUCAAUUCUAUCGAGAUCUACGUCCCUAACAAACUUCAAGAAUUAUAUGGCUUUGAAGUAGUGAUAAUUAUGGAGCACUCAUAUGGCAGCAGUAUUGCCCGUAAAAAACGAUUGAUGCAACGUCUGAAGUUGUUGGAGGAACAGCAUGUGAGGCGGAUGGCGCAGUUCCAGAAAGAAAGUCGGCGGUCUCGGCAAGAAUACGAACGGCAGUUGGAGGCGAUAGAUUGGGCCACAAAAGAAGCUAUCAGAAAGAUCAGAAUGAAAGAAGAUCGCUGCAAAACAAAUAAAGACAUGCAGCGCACUUAUCGUAGCGGGGAAGAUGUGAAGAAAGUUGAACCAGUCGAAUACACCUCGGAGAUUAGCAGAACUAUUUUACAGCCAACCUGUCAACCGUUUCAACAUUCCCGAAGUGAAGUUUUCGUUUGCCAUGUUUCAAUUCCACGGAAUAUUCAAUCAACAAAUUCGCCUCCUUCUACUGCUACUGCUGAUGUUGACGAUAAUGUAGUAGUUUUACAACCAAGUUCUAUACACGAAACUCAUCCAUUUGUAGUAAAAGUGGUCAAUGAGAGUAUGGAAAAGAACGAUACAGCUAUGCAUCCUGAAGAUGUGUAUUUAAAUAUCCAUGUAUCGUGUGAGAGUAGGCACUCAGAUGAAGUCAGUCAGAGUAGCCGAGUUGUUGAAAAACAGUUCCGUAGUAAGGAAUAUCUGUGUUUGCCACCAACACUAGAAUCCGUUGUUUCCAGUGAUAGUGAAGAUAAUGAAACAGUGACAAUAUCUAAUCGAAAUGUUACGUUUUCAAAUGUUCCUAUGCGCAACGAAGAGCAUGUCGUGAAGAUAGUUGAGGUGGUAUCUAUAUCCUGUCAUCAAGUUAAAGAUAUCGACAAAGCAGGUGAACAGUUUAUACAUGAGAAAGUAAAUCUUGCAACUAAUACAAUGCAUGUCACUCGAAUAAGAGCUGAUUUAAGUAACAGACACUCGCAGUUAGAAUUUAAUUACCACUACCUAUUCACAAUUAAGAUCCCAUUGUGCAAUAAAGUUUCCAUGUGUAUUGUACCAUCAGAAAAGGCUAGAUGUAUCGUGGAAAAAUCAUACUUGUUGCUGAACAGAUCGUUUGCGAUGUGCUGGGUCGACCGAUCAUACGGAGUGUUAGCAAUUACCCGCAAUUUGUAUUCCCAUUCCGAUCAGUUAUGUACAACCUGUAGUAUAAUAUUUGAUCCAGGUGGACAUUUUAUUUAGUUAUAAUUAUUAUGAAUGCGAAAUCGUUCAACGUGAAAAUCGAUAUCAAAUUGUUUACCUACGAACGGUCGAAUAGCUGUGAGGAAUGAGGAACAUAGUUCGACCGUAAAUGUAUGUUUUGGGUUUCUGGACGUCUGGAGUUGAUUAAUAGGCUCUUGACAGAGUUCAGCCGUUGAAAACUACGUGGAAUAUGACUGCAUCCGUGAAUGAACUCCAAAAUCAAUUAUCUGAUAUUACACUAGUUUAAAAUAUUAUGAAUUUGUACACUACGAUGAAUUCGGAGCUACACGGGUGGGGGUAUGUUAAAAAUAGUUAGUAUUUUCUCAAGUGACUAGUGAGCCCCGAUUCCUCAUUACAUGGAUAUGUCAAACAACUAGGGAAAGCAGCAGUAUUCAAUAAGCUAUGGUUAGGAGUGACAUGUCUCGAAGAAUAAGUGGUGAAACUAUAAUGUAAGAUAAAUCAUUAUUAUUAAGAUAAAUUGUGAACUAAAACAUCAAUAUAUUAUAGUCUUGAAGCUGCUGCUAAAACAGCUGCU